AUGGAUGUGGAUCAGGAUGUGGAUCAAGAUGUGGAUGAGGAUCAGGAUAUGGAUCAGGAUGUGGAUCAGUAUGUUGAUCAGGAUGUGGAUCAGGAUGUGGAUCAGGAUCAGGAUGUGGAUCAGUAUGUUGAUCAGGAUGUGGAUGUGGAUCAGUAUGUUGAUCAGGAUGUGGAUGUGGAUCAGUAUGUUGAUCAGGAUGUGGAUGUGGAUCAGGGUGUGGAUGUGGAUCAGAAUCAGGAUGUGUAUCAGGAUGUGGAUGUGUAUCAGGAUGUGGAUCAGGGUGUGGAUCAGGGUGUGGAUCAGGAUGUGGAAUCGGAUGUGGAUCAGGAUGUGAAUGUGGAUCAGGGUGUGGAUAAGGAUGUGGAUCAGAAUCAGGAUGUGUAUCCGGAUGUGGAUGUGUAUCAGGAUGUGGAUCAGGAUGUGAAUGUGGGUCAGGAUGUGGAUGUGGAUCAGGAUGGGGAUCAGGGUGUGGAUGUGGAUCAGGAUGUGGAUCAGGGUGUGAAUCGGGAUGUGGUUGUGGAUCAGGAUGUGAAUCAGGAUCAGGAUGUGGAUGUGGAUCAGGAUGUGGAUCAGGAUCAGGAUGUGGAUCAGGGUGUGGAUGUGGAUCGGGAUGUGAAUCAGGGUGUGGAUGUGGAUCAGGAUGUGGAUCAGGAUCAGGAUGUGGAUCAGGGUGUGGAUGUGGAUCGGGAUGUGAAUCAGGGUGUGGAUGUGGAUGGAUGUGGAUCAGGGAUGUGGAUCAGGUUGAAUGUGGGUCAGGAUGUGGAUGUGGAUCAGGAUGGGGAUCAGGGUGUGGAUGUGGAUCAGGAUGUGGAUCAGUGA